AUGGCUGCAAUGGGCUCGACAUCUGGAAGUGCUAAUGUGGAGUCCGAUCAAUCUCCACAUACGAAUUCUCCUUCACCAUUCAAUCAACUUUCGAGCAGUGGCCUCGAAAACAACAAACUAGAUGUUGGAGAAGUUACAGCUCCAACGAAAGGUAGCCACAUCGUUGUUAAAUGGCAAUGGGAAGAAGAUGAAUCGCUACUUUGUGGGUGGCUAAAUGUCGGGCAAGAUCCCGUGGUCGAGGAUAAUAAACCCAUUGCUACAUUCUGGGAUAGGAUCUACCAGUAUUGCCUAUAUGUCGACCCUGAAUGCUUCUCCAAGAAGAACGCUAACUCCUUGAAGCAACUCUUCUUCAAGAUUCACACAGCCGUGUCGGUCUUCUGCAGAUUUUACAAGCAUGUUGAACGUCAUCAAGGAAGCGGAACAAACGAACAUAACGUGCUAGAGAUGGCUCAUACAUUUUACCGACAGACAUACCCUUCAAGAUUCAACAUGAUGUUGCACUUGAAUCUUCUCCAUCAUCAACCAAAAUGGAGAAAUCAUUUAAAUUCUUCCGAUGGAUACAUGACGUCCUCCACUGGUGCUGCAGAUGUUGAGUUUCCAGUGCAUCCACAAGGCAGAGAUGCGACUAAGAGAAAAGUUGCAAAAAGAAAAUCAUCUAAAGGGUUGAAUGUUGCUGCUACUGAACUCGAUAAGGCAGCAAACAUUGUGAAGUCUCUAUUUACUGGUAUAGACGAUAAAUAUGAUGGCUUGCAGAAAUUGAAGAAAAAGAGUUCGGGAUCAGGCAUGAAGAAAGUUUGUCGAAGAAUAGAGAAACUACCGCAAAACUCAUUGUAA